UAAAGUCUUUAAAUAAAUAAAUAAAUGAACAAAGAUUUUCAUUUAACGAACUCAAACCAAGUUUUCUUUCCAAGAAUUCAAUCUGCAGGAUAUACGGAGGUUCCUGUUAGAUGAGAGGGAGGUUAAGGAGUGCGUCACUUGCAACCGCCUCCGGUGCAGGUGUACUCCAAGCUCGCCCCAGCCUUCCACCUCCGGGGCGAGACAAGGGUUCCCCCAGGCUCCACCGCCUGAAGCACUGCCCAGGCCACGCAGGGCGACAUUUGAAAUCAUGGGAGACACUCUCCAGAACCUGAUCCAGUUCUGGCGAUCUACUGAGGUGGGUGCAGGAAUCACACCUAUGGAUUACCUACGCUCGAUUAACAACAAGAUCAAACUUUCGUGGCUGGCGCAUCCGAAAUCCAUAUUAUGGUAUCAACCCCCACAGUCCUCCUGAAUUUAUUUCUGUCUUACAGAGUCAGUAAACAACGAGAUAAAUAUGUCGUGGUCGGCGCACCACCAUUACCACCAAUCCAUCUGGUACCAACCUCCACAGGAGGAACCCCUUACCGGUGGCGUCCCUACUCAGGUUCUACCGGCAGGUCUGCGAGUACUAACUUCACGUACCCGCGGAAAAUAAUCCUGAAGAAAAAAUAAGUAAGUGACAAAUCUACAGGAAUACCAAUUCACAAUGGGGAAUUGUAUUCUUUACGGCCGUCCCCACACGGCACUUUCUAACAAUGUACGUACGUAGUGGAAAAUAUUGAAAAGUAUUUGUCUAAAUGAACAAAGAUUUUCAUUUCAUGAACUCAAACCAAGUUUUCUUUCCAAGAAUUCAAUCUGCAGGAUAUACGGAGGUUCCUGUUAGAUGAGAGGGAGGUUAAGGAGUGCGUCACCUGCAACCGCCUCCGGUGCAGGUGUCUUCCAAGCUCACCCCAACCUUCCACCUCCGGGGUGGGAGUAGAGUUCCCCCAGGCUCCACCAACAGAAACCAAAAGCAUAGGAGAUGCACUCCAGAACCUGAUCGAGUUACGACGACAUUUGUCUAACUAAAUGAACAAAGAUAUUACAUUUCAUGAACUCAAACCAAGUUUUUUUUUCAGGAACUCCAUCUGCAGAGUAUACGCCAUUUCUUGGUGUUCCGCUAGAUGAAGGGGACCUCAAGGAGUUCGCCGCCUGCAACCGCUUCCGGUGCAGGUGCCCUCCGAGAUUCUCGCUCCAACCUUCCUCCUCCGGGGCGAAACAAGGGUUCUUCGAGGCUUCACCGCCUGAAGCUCUGCCCAGGCCACGCUGGGCAGUGUACAAAAGUCAUAGGAGCCGCUCUCCAGAACUUGAUCCAGUUCUGGAGAGACACUAUGACGAUCUUCUGAGGUGGGUGCAGGAAUCACACCCAUGCAUUACCCACGCCGGGCCGGACAUGACCUUCUCAAUUGAUGGUCAGGUAAUAUUAAUUACUUUCAGUUAGAUAUGGGAGUAGAAGUCCCUCAGGCUAGCUCCUCAGGGCUCGAUAACGACAAGGUCAUCCCGCCACCGCCAGAAGCUCUGCCCAGGCUACGCUGGGCAGUGUACAAAAGUCAUAGGACACGCUCUCCAGAACUUAAUCCAGUUCUGGAGAGACACUAUGACGAUCUUCUGAGGUGGGUGAAGGAAUCACACCCAUGGAUUACCCACGCUCGAUUAACAGCGAGAUCGACCUGUCGUGGCCGGCGCAUCCAAACGCCAUCUGGUACCAACCCCCCACAGGAGGAACCCUCACCAGGAGUGUCCCUCCUCAGAUUCUACCGUCAGAUCUACGAGUACUAUCUUCACUUACCCGACCUGAAGGAGAAAUAAGUAAGUGGAAAAAUCUUCACACACUUGCAGAAAAUAAUCGUGAAGACGAAAUAAGUAAGAGGAAAUGUUUGAUGGUUUGAUUAUUAUACAGUAACUUUAAUUUAAAUAUAUCGGUAUAUUGAAACGCAAGAAAAUAGCCGAAAUGCCAUAAAUUACCGAUUAAAUACAAAAAGCAUGAAAUAAAAAAAUAACAGUUUAAAAGCCCCUGACACAAAAAAUAAACCGCUAAUGUCGCUAUAAAACCCAUUAAAAAUAAAAAACUCUAAAUUAAUUCAAGUACCUAUACAAAAAAGCGUUAUGUAAUAUAAUCAAAAUUAAAAAAUAAUAAAAAGUAAAAUAAGCCAAUAAUAAAAAGUAAAAAAAUCAAAAUCUAUUCUAAUACUAAUUUUAACACCUUGUCGAUCGAAUUGAGCGGCCUGUAUCCAGCGCCUUGCUCAUGAGGUCGCUGGUCCACUUUGUGGGUGGACGUCCUACGAAGUCGUUGGUCGUGGUAGCCGUUUCGCCUCCGGGGAUUAGGAACCCCUCCUUGUCAAUUUGAAUGCUACUGUAGCCAGUAACAGCGGGGCACCGGAGACUGAGGGUCUGGUUGCCGUUGUAUUUUUAAUUGCCAUCUCGUGCUACAUUAAUACCUAUUGGCAGUGGGGAAUAGUAUUCUUUACGGCCGUAACCGCACGGCACUAUCUAACAAUGUAUGUAGUGGAAAAGAUUAACAAGUAGGUAUGUUUAAAAUAAAUAAAAAAUCGUCA